UCUUCGGUCGAUGCGGAGCAGCAACGCCAGCAUAAGCAAGCUAUUAGUCGUGGAGGCCGAGGUGGAAGCGCGGAAGGUCGCCCGAGGACUGUAUAUCCUAGAAGGCCUGGCGAUGAGAAGGAUAAGCCCAAGACAGUGGUUGCUGGCAAGGACGUUGCUGAUCCCUCUUCACUGCAUAAGGGAUGGCUGUGGUCACCCAGUGACGAGGCAGCUAUGAGGAGGAAGGAGGCUGGUGGUGGUGGUGGAGCUGUGGCACCUGUACCGAAGAAGAUGUCAUUGAAGGAGAUUAUGGCCAAUGAGACUGAUGCCAAUAACAUCAAGGCCUUGAUGACUGGUCAUAACCCUGCUGCCGCCGCUCACAAGAUGAAGAUACCUGCUGCUAAGAAGAAGAGCCAGAAGCAGUUGAAAAAGGAGGCUGCGGCGAAGAAUGCUGCUUCUGGUUCAAGCUCGUAG